CAGUGUGACAUCCAGCGGAAGUAAACAACACAAGCGCUAGUAGCGUUAGCUGCAUGUAGUGAAUUAGCUGGAAGACGAUAUUGUAGUCGUAAGGUAGCUAAUUAUUUAAUUUGCAAUUAAGCAACAAUGUCUUCAGUCGAGUAUUUGAGAGAGUUUGUCAACGAGCGACAAACUGCUGCUGCUGAAGAAAUAUUCGGAGUUUUUAAAAAAACUAUCGUCGAGUACGAGGAAGAGAUCGAUCGUCAGCGUAGACUGCUGGAUAUCUUUUGGAAACCUGAAAUAAAGUUAAACAGGAUAGAGCUCCCACAGCAACAUGUCUGUAAGGAGGAGGAGGUUCUGGCUGACCAGCAGCUCUGUAUUCAGGAGAGGAACUCCAGUCUGGACCAAGAGGACCCAGAGCCUCCACAGAUUAAAGAGGAACAGGAGGAACUCUGCACCAGUCAGGAGGGAGAGCAGCUUGUACUGAAGCAGGAGGCUGAUGCCUUUAUGUUGACUCCUACUGAUGAGGAAAGUGACCACAGUGAACCAGAACCAAACAGGGACCAGCAGCUCCUCUCUCACAACUUUCAUGUAACUGAGAGCCAAGAUCAGAAAGGAGGGAAGAAUGGAGACAGUAACAAUGUAUACAACUCUACCAUGUCAAAGAUUCACCAUAAUACUCACACGGGUAAAAAGUCUUCCAAAUGUGACACAUGUGGAAAAGAUUUUAAGUAUAAGUCAAGUUUGCAGAGACACCUGAGAAUCCACACAGGUGAGAAGCCAUAUUCUUGCACGACAUGUGGGAAAGAUUUCAAAAAUAGUGGUGACCUGAAAGUCCACUUGAGAAACCACACAGGUGAGAAGCCGUACCUUUGCAAGAUCUGCGGGAAAAGAUUCAGUGUAAUGGCAAAAUUGAAAAGGCAUAUGAUAAUCCACACAGGUGAGAAGCCAUGUUCUUGCAAAACAUGUGGGAAGGAUUUCAGAGAUAGUGAUCACCUGAAAGUCCACUUGAGAACCCACACAGGUGAGAAGCCGUACCUUUGCAAGAUCUGCGGGAAAAGAUUCAGUGAAAUGUCAAAAUUAAAAAGGCACAUAAGAAUCCACACAGGUGAGAAGCCAUAUUCUUGCGAAACAUGUGGGAGAGCUUUCAGGCACACUGGUGCCUUGACAGUCCACAUGAGAACCCACACUGGUGAGAAGCCGUACCUUUGCAAGAUCUGUGGGAAAAGAUACUCAAAUACAUCAAAUUUGUCAGGGCAUAUGAGAUCGCAUACAGGCAAAUAGCCUGGUAUUUACAAAAUAUGAAAUAUUUUCACAUACUUGAAAAACAGCCGAGGAUCAAUAUACACAGGAGAAACCAUCGAGCUGAAACUCCUGUGGAGACGUGUUCACCUGCUGAAUGAAAUACACUUUUGCAACAGCUACAUCUCUGUAAUUUCAAUGCAAUUCAAUUCAAUUUUAUUUAUAUAGCGCCAAUUCUUAACAGAAGUUAUCUCAUUGCGCUUUUCCUAUAGAGCAGGAAUAGAGCGUACUCUUUAUAGUAUUAAUUACAGAGACCCAACAAAUCCCACCAUGAGGAAGCAUUUGGCGACAGUGGCAAGGAAAAACUUCCUUUUAAGAGGGCAGAAACCUUGGACAGAACCAGACUCAGUGGGGGGCGGCCAUCCGCCGCUGCCGUGUUAGGUUUUGAGAGAGAGAGAAAGAGGUUUAAUGUAAUGUAAUGUUCAAUGUAAUUUAAUGUAUACAAUUUCCCAUUGAUAUGAGGUCACAAUAUUUUAGUGUAAUAAAGUAAUACAUUGUCAACAAUGCCAUCAAGUUUUGUUGAACUUACCUAACCUUUAUAUGACUAUCACUUAUAUUUAGUUAGCCACAUUAUUUCUUUGAAACAAUCAUAAUCUCCCAAAUCUUUGAAAAAUAUUUGUUGCACAGUGAGUUCAUAGUUCCUACAAAUGUUUGACCUGUUAAAAGAAUAUUCUUUUCCCCAUUUUUAUACACUACCUCAUUUAUAUGAGUGGAUUGUGAACUCUCUGAUGUUGCAGCUGAUAAACCUUUUGUCUAGUAAUGUUGGGUCAUUUAUGUUGUCCUUCCAAAUAGUUUUUUCGUUUUUGUCUGCAAUAUGUCAUUUAAUUUUAUAUUUUUGUGUAUUUUGUGAUUGCGUCAACUUGAUAUAAUUUUUGUUGUUUUGGGAUUUAGGGGUGACACACAAAUCCAAAUUUCUGUUGAUGUUCUAUAUGGUGCUGUCAAAGAAUCAGCCUAGCAGUAGUAAUGAAUACAAUGAUCAGUGUCCAAAGGAACGUGGGCAACGAUAUGCUGCUUUGUUUGAUCUUGUAUUUAUUCUAACAAUAAAGUUUUGUAAGGUGA